AUGGACAACAUUCAGUUCCUGCAGGCAGGGACCCGCUGCAGGAACUAUGGCAGGCCGGAGAAAACAGAAGCUGGACCAAUCGGUGUCUCCUGUCGCAGCGACACGUCAAAUCCUCGACUGAUUAAUUUCCAAGCAGAUGGAGGUUCUGCAAAGAGAGCGGACCCAGAGGUUCCCAGUGUUUCGUCUGCCCAGCCGCAGCAAACCCAGCUGGACUCCAUAUUCAUGGAGCUUGAAGAAAACGUGAUUGGUUUCGUUAAGGAUGAACUGAAUAAGUUUAAAAAGUCCCUGAGUCCAGAUAACCCUGAAGGCUUAGCGAGUCAGUGGAAGGGUGACGAUGAGGAGCAGAGGAGGAGCAGCAGAGAGCAAUUUCUAAACAUCGCUGUCAACUUUCUGAGGAACAUGAAGCAGGAGAAUCUGGCUGAUCGCCUGCACAACAGUUCUCCUGUCAAUUGCCAGAGUAAUCUAAAGACAAAUGUAAAGAAUAAGUUUCAGCACAUAUUUGAGGGAAUUGCUAAAGCAGGGAGUCCAAGCCUUCUGAACCAGAUCUACACAGAGCUCUACAUCACAGAGGGACUUCCCUCUGCUCUCCUCUGGAUAACCACACGACCUGCAGCGGCCAAUCAGAUCCCUCCUCAGUGUGUUGACAUGGUAACAGAGAUCAGAGGAUUCGCUGACCCACAGAAGGAGGAGUACUUCAGGAAGAGAUUCAGAGAUGAGGAGAAGGCCAGCAGGAUCAUCUCCCACAUCAAGACAUCUAAAAGUCUCCACAUCAUGUGUCGCAUCCCAGUGUUCUGCUGGAUCUCUGCUACGGUUCUGGAGGAUCUGUUGGAGACCAGAGAGAAAGGAGAGCUUCCCAACACCCUGACUGAGAUGUACAUCCACUUCCUGGUGGUUCAGACCAAAGUGAAGAAGGUAAAGUACGAUGAAGGAGCUGAGACAGAUUCACCUUGGAGUCCAGAUAACAGGAAGAUGAUCGAGUCUCUGGGAAAACUGGCUUUUGAUCAGCUGCAGAAAGGAAAGCUGAUCUUCUAUGAAUCAGACCUGACAGAGUGUGGCAUGGAUAUCAGAGCAGCCUCAGUUUACUCAGGAGUGUUCACACAGAUCUUUAGAGAGGAGAGAGGGCUGUACCAGGAGAAGGUGUUCUGCUUCGUCCAUCUGAGUGUUCAGGAGUUCCUGGCUGCUCUUCAUGUCCAUCUGACCUUCAUCAAGGAAGCAGAAGAACAAACCCUCCCAAAGUUUAAAACAAGUAAAGACAAAGAACAGCAUUUCUACCAGAGUACAAUAGACAUGGCCUUAGAGAGUCCAAAUGGACACCUGGAUUUGUUCCUCCGGUUCUUUCUGGGUCUUUCAAUGAAGACCAAUCGGGCUCUAUUGAAUGGUCUGAUGAAACAAACAGAACCGAGCUCAGAGAGCAACGACCAAACAAUCCAGUACAUAAAGGGGAAGACGAGCCAAGAGUUGACUGCUGACAGAAUCAUCAAUCUGUUCGACUGUCUGAAUGAAAUGAAUGAUUGUGCCCUUGUUGAAGAGGUCAAACAGUCCAUGAUGUCAGGAAGCCUUUCCUCAGAAAAUCUGUCUCCAGCCCAGUGGUCAGCGCUCGUCUUCAUCUUACUGUCAUCAGAAAGAGACCUGGAUCUGUUUGACCUGAAGGAAUUCUUCAAUUCCAAUCAGGCGUGUCUGAAGUUGCUCCCCGUUCUCAAAGAGUCGAACAAAGCUCUAUUAAGUGUCUGUAAUCUCCUGCCCGAAACGUGUGAGGACCUUUCCAGAGUUCUUUGUUCUCAUUCUUCUCACCUGAGAGAACUAGACCUGAGUAACAACGACCUGCAGGAUUCAGGAGUGAAGCUCCUGUCCGAAGGACUCGGGAGUCCAGAAUGUCUGCUGGAGUCUCUAAGCCUGUCAGGUUGUCUGAUCUCAGAGGAAGGCUGCGUUUCUCUGAGCUUAGCUCUGCGCUCCAACCCUUCCCACCUAAAGCAACUGGACCUGAGCUACAACCAUCCAGGAGACGGAGUGAAGAAGCUGACUGCACUGGAUUCUUCCUGGAAACCAAAAACACUCAGGGUGGAGCCAUCUGGAGCCCGAUGGUUGACACCAGGUCUGAGGAAAUAUUCCUGUCGGAUCACCAUCGACCCAAACACGGUGAAUGGAAAACUGCGACUGUCCGAUGACGACAGGAAGGUGACGGGUGUGGACGAGGUCCGCUCGUAUCCUGAUCACCCGCACAGGUUCGACUGGUGGCCCCAGGUGCUGUGCAAUGAAAGCCUUCCUGACCGCUGCUACUGGGAGGUCAUAUGGAGCGGGAAGGUGGAGAUCUCUGUGAGCUACGGAGGAGUCCGACGCAAAGGAAACAGCAACGACUGCGAGUUCGGAUUCAACAACAUGUCCUGGAGUCUGAGCUGCUCCGACGACGGCUGUUAUUCCGUCUGCCACGAUAACAAGAGGGAGUUCAUCUCCACCUGCUCCUCCUCCGCUCCCUACCAUAAGAUAGGCGUGUACGUCGACCAAUCGGCCGGCAGCCUGUCCUUCUACAGAGCCUCCUCUGCUAAACCGAUCCAUCUCUACACCCUGAACACCAAAUUCACCCAAGAUCUUUAUCCUGGAUUUGGGUUCUGGCCGGGUUCCUCUGUUUAUCUGUGUCCAAUAGAGUAGAGUUUGGUGCUUUUUGGGAAAAAGGAAAACUUCUAGGCCUGCAGUAAGAAAACCGUUAAAUACUUUAUUAAAUAUGAAGCAAAUCUUCCUGCAGGAAACGCUUUUUAUUUUAGCUUAAAUUCAAGUUGGAAAAGAGAAAAAAUGAAAACGGAUAAUCUUUAUUGUCCAAAAUCAGCAUCUCAUCCCAAGAGUUUCAAAGAUUUUGUGGUUUUUCUGCUUUUGUUUUUAUUGGUAUUUAGAUUUUUCUCCACAAUAACAAUUAUAUUGAUGUUAACUUCAGGAUUUCAUUGUUUUCACGGCUCUGAAUAUUUACUUGUCUCUUAUUGCGAGCUUGCAUGCGUGGAUCUGAGCGUCAGCUGAAGCUCUUUCCGUUCUCUAUGGUGGAAACUAAAAUGUUGGCCUUUUUGUCAUCAGACCAACUGAGUGCCUUUAUUAUUUGGAAACUGUAUUUUUCUAAAAACUGAUUAUAUUACAGUACAGUUGAUUGUAACACUGUCCAGGCAGCAUUAUCAAAGCACUGAAAAAGACACUGCAGGAUGUCCCCCCCCCUUUCCGCGCACUAACGUGGAUUAUUUGGUUUCACCUCACUGGAGAUCUGGAAACGCAUUUUUCCGCUGAGCGUCGGUCCGUUUAGGGAGCGGAACGGGAACCAGACGAGAUGAAGGACAACCUGAGGAAGAUGAGUCACCAAGCGACAGAUUACUUAUUUUUACGUAAUGUUAGAUAAUAUAUUAUAAAAUCUAUUCACCUAUUUAUAAGAAAUAUUUUAUUAGGUUGCACACAUCUACCUUUGUAUUAUUAGCUAAGGACUUAAUUAUGUUGUAUCAUGAUAAU